AUGGCAACACCUAUAACACCCGAUGAUUGGAAAAAAAUCGAAUUGAUAAAAAUCAUUGAAAAAUAUGAUGUCCUAUAUAGAAGAGACAAAAUAAAGGAGAUCAGAGAAAAAAAUGAAGCAUGGCAAAUGGUUCUAGCCGAAUAUCGCCUCAUUGAUGAAGAAACAGACGAAGAGUCCUGCAGAAGACUAUGGAGGAUAAUUAGAGGCCAAUUUGUGGCCAGCCAACCGAAGGUGUACACCUUGGCACCGUACUUAAAGUUCCUUCUUGUAAGUAUUGUUCCUAUCUAA